CUCUUCAAUCUAGCUCGGAAAUUCUGAACUUAAAACCCUUCGUACUGUCUACUCUUUUUUUGCAACCAACCCGAUUUAUCCAUCCGAGUUUUUUGCUUCAGUUUUCAAGUUCUUGUUGUUUUUGUUGGACCCCCGCCCCGCCCCCAAAAGAAAAAAAUGGGAAAAGCUUGGACCUUUCUUACCCAAGUUCACACAGUUGCUGGGCCAGUGCUGAUGUUGCUUUACCCUUUAUAUGCAUCAGUGGUAGCCAUAGAGAGCACGUCCAAACUAGAUGAUGAGCAGUGGCUUGCCUAUUGGAUUAUUUACUCUUUCCUCACUCUCGUGGAGAUGUUGCUCCAACCAGCCCUCGAGUGGUUACCAAUUUGGUACAAUGUGAAACUUGUGUUUGUGGCAUGGUUGGUUCUGCCACAGUUCAAGGGGGCAGCUUUCUUGUAUGAGAGAUAUGUGAGAGAUCAAGUCAGAAAGUAUGGAGGAUUUAAUAACCAUCCCCAAUAUAACCAUCCCCAAUCCAGCAAUACAUCCCCCACUGGCAAAGCAAAGAACAAGUUUGUGCAGUUCAUGAACCCCAAGACUGGGGAGCAGGAGGCCUAUUGAAAGAGGCAGAGAAAGCAAUCUAAUUUCCCUGAAAAAAUAAAUUUCCCAAGCUGACUGGUGUGGAUGAGUGCACUGAUUGGAAGUUCUUCAACCUUUGCUUUCUUUUCUUACACUUUCGGCCUUUCACCUUACUUGUUUUCCAUGUACAACUUCUAAAGUAGAUGACUUUGAUGCCCCUGUGUUCCUUCAUCUGUAGUGUAUAAGAUCUCCACUUAGUGAUCAUUUCAUUAGUGUGUAAUGUAUGACGUUUAUUCAGCUCUUUGUACGCUACUUGGUCGAUAAUAAUCCACCGCCUAAUUUACUUUA